CUGUCUCUUCCUACAACCCCCUAUCGCCCCUCUCAUCCUGUAACAACAAGAUCGAGACCUCAAACUUGACAACGAGGGAUCAAGCAGGCGAAAGACAGACGAAAAAACAGGAUCCGGAAAAAAAGGUCGAAGAUCUAGACAUCGAUCGAUCGCGGAUCUGAAAUCAGCUAGCGAACUGCACAAACACGAUGUCGACCGACGAGCAGACCGCUGUGACGGCCGACCAGAAGCAGGAGCAGGUGGAGCAGCCUGUAGCGGAUGGUGCGGAUGCCGGUCAGCAGCAAGAGCAGGAGCAGCCGGCUGAGGAGCACAUGAUCGAACUCAAACCGGUGAUCAUUCGUCUCCCUAACCCGACCUACCCCCAAACCCUUCCCAAGACUGGCGAAAAGAAACAGACUCCCACCCCAUCUACGUUCGUCAUUCACCCGCAACCUGGCGAGACGAUCCAAGAUAUCCGUGCGACGUUGUUGGAAUGGACCGGAGGCUAUUGGUUGGGUCCUUAUUCGUUGAGGAUCCCGAGGGCCAAAAAGUCUGGGUCGAAAGACGAAAAGGAUCAGGACCUCGCAGGCAGGGGAAGGUUGUUGGGUAAAGGGAAAGAAGGCGUAGAGAUUCGCGAGGGGGAAAAGUUGAGCGAUUGGUUCGAGAUGGGAGAGGUCUUUGGUCAUCUGGAGGGAACGGAUGAGGAGAGGGUUCUGGUCGUACAGCGAGAACCUUAUUCCGAAGCCGAUGCCCGACAGGCAGUCUUGCGAUUGAGAGAGUACACCAUGCCUCCUUCAGAGUCCACCUCGGUCUUCCCGACAAUCGGAAUCAACCCCGGUCCUUCUGUGUUCGAGGGGAUCAACAGUGGUAGCUUGACCGCUGUCGAGGUCGCUCAAGAAGGUCAAGCCAAGCCGGCCGCUACGAACGGAAACGUCAACGGGAGUUCGAACGCAAACGGCAAGGGCAAGAAGCCCAAGAUUGUCAAGCCCGAGACCGAGACUGAGGACGCCCUGUUCAGCGAAUGGAAAGGUCUGCCUCGAAGCGACAUUUCGAAAUUGCCUACCACCAUGCCUGCUGCGCCUCACCCGGCUUGCCUGAAGAGCUUGAUCUUUUCGCCCUUUAACCCGCCCCCACCUCAUCUCAGGCAAAAGGGUCACAUGACCUACCUCACCGUCGUCACCCUCGAGGGCGAAGCUCACAUGCUCGUCUGCACGACCAAGGGGUGGUAUGUCGCCCGUUCCAACGCCCCGAGCGUGUCCUUCGACCCGGCACCGAGGACCCAACCCAAGGAGAUCUCCUCGCACUCCCUGAUUGACCUCUUGCACGCCAUCUCGCCGGCCUUUACCAACACACUCCGAGGUCUGCAAGGCCAAAACGGUGCUCCUGUCGUGGCUAGGGAACCGAUCGCCACCGUGCCCAUCCCUCAGUACCCCCCGGCUUACCCUUGGUUGGCCAGCGCGCCCAGCCUUUCUGCUAUCAACCCGGACUUGAUCAAGACCCAGCUCGCUUACGGGUACACAGGUGCCAUUUCCCCAGAUGCUCUAGAGGGCGCGAGGGACUGGAACGAAGAGCUGCAAAACGCCCGAGAGAUGCCCAAGGGCAACACUCAGGAGAGGAUGUUGCGGGAACGGAUCUUGCAAAAGACUCACGCCGAGUUUACCGCGGCUUGUGUCAGGGGCAGCAUGGCCAUCGCCCGAGGAGAUUUGCCACCCAUCAACCCGCACGAGGAUAGCAAGGCGCACAUGUGGUUGUCGAACAACAUCUUUUUCACCAAGGGUGUCAACAGCGUCGAUGCGUACACUCAUCUGGGUGGGGACGAAGCGGCCAGGAUCUCGCACGCCAAGGAUGCCGCCGGUGUCAGGUUGAUGAACAGGAUGGAUAUCGACAACGUCUUUUUGCUCGGACACACCGUCGUCGAUUGGCAAGGAGAGCGAUGGGUUUGCCAGAGUGUCCUGCCCGGGAUCUUUAGCAGGAGGAAGGAUGAUGCCGACGAGCAAGAGCAGGGAGAGACCGCCGAAGUCCAAACUGCAGGUGACAAGGAGAAGGAAGACUGGGUCGACGUCAACGGUCACUCGAGGCAGGCUAGCAAGUCUGACGCGGCUCCCGUCGAACCGGUCAAUGAGCAGGAAAACUACCUUAUCAUCUAUGGAGCCGAUUCUGAGGGCGGUAUUGACAAGUUGCACUGGGACGCCGGCAUGCACAAGAUCAUGGGCAAGAUUGCCUCCGUACAAAAGCUCGCCUUGCACAAGAUGAAGGAUAGCAAGGACGAAGAGCACGAAUACUGGACGAGCGUCGACGUCAAGGGUCUUCGAGGAUCGGACGGCAGGCGGUACCUUCUCGACUUGCCCCGAUUGUGCCCGGUCGACAUCGAAUUCUUGGAAAAGGAUACCGAGGGCAAGCUCAUGGCUUCCAAUGAGACCGACGCCGAUGCCGGUGUCACGUACCCCCACCGUGUCGUUCUCUUGCGACCCGAGCUAUUGGAAACUUAUUGGGAACAUGAGCUCAAGCUGUUGGCUCGAAAGAUUCACGCUGAGAAGCAGAAGAGCAAGGCCGAUGCUGAUGCGUCUGCUACCGCCGCCGCUUCGACCGAGAACGCUGAGAAGAAAGAGGACGGGGAAACUACUGAGGCACCCAAGGAAGAGGCUCAGCCCGAGACCAUCUCCACCGCCGACGCCGCUGCUAUCACCCAGGACCCUCGUUUCGACUUGAGAUUCAACGCUGAUGCCUUUGUCGACCAACCCGCCAAGCCCGACAGCGAGACUGGCGAGCUCGCCUUCCGACCUGCUACGCAGACGGAUGAGUCGGACCCCUCGAUCAAGGCCGUCAGGGACGCUUCCAUCUUCCUGAGGACUGUCGUCGUGCCUUCGGUCGUCCUCGACGUCAUUGCCAGCAACACGCUCGGAAUCAUGGACGGAGUCUCGUUGUCCAGGCACUUGCACUUGAAGGGUAUCAACAUCAGGUACCUCGGUCAUUUGAUGUCCCAUAUCGACAAGUACGUCAGGACCUCCGAGGGCGAGGGUGCUGGACACUUGAAGGCCAUCUUGGCCAUUGUCCAGCAAGAGAUGGUCUUCCGUGCCUGCAAGCACAUCCUGCGACGUCUCGUCCACGGGCUGCAAGCCGAGAAUAGCGCCAACGCCGUUUCACACUUCCUCAACUGUUUGUUGGGAGCUGACAAGAACGCCGAGCCUGUCGCCGUCUACGACUCGCUCGACUACCAGGACAUCCCUGCUCCUGCCUACACCCGUCUCACCCCUCAGUCGGUGCAGACCCAGAUCAUCGACGAGAUCGCCAAGCGAUUCCGAUGGAAUCUCGACCCGGCCUACUUUGCCGAGGAUAUGCGCAAGCCGCAGUUGCUCCGAGAGUUGGCUACCCGUAUUGCCUUCCAGCUGGACCAGCGCGAGUAUGACUUUGCCAGCUCGAGCGAGGAUCUCACCCAGUCCGAGAGUGCCGAAGGUGCCGCCAAGUCCAAGAAGGUCAAGAAGAGCAAGGCUUCCGCUGCCAGCACCCGCUCGACCACUUUCGAGCCUUCCGACAUCUUGACUCUGUUGCCCGUCGUCAAGAGCACCGCUCCUUCCGCCGUUGUUGCCGAAGAAGUCUUCGAGGGUGGCCGCAUUACCAUGAGUCGUGGAGACAUGAUGCUUGGACUGGAGCUCAUGCUCGAGGGUAUCAACAUGUACGAGCAAACCCACCAGGUCGUACACCCCGAGGUCGCCUUUGCCUACAACCAGUACGCGAUCACGAUCCACCAGAUCAUCAGGAUGCGCAUGUCGCAGAUGGUUGCCGAGGACAAGGAAGCCGACCCCGCUGCCGGACUCGACGUCGCCACCGCCAUCAAGCUGCAGCGACAGGCCGUCAUGACCGGGGAGAGGACCCUGGGUCUGCAUCACCCCGAAACGAUCGGCUUCUACUUCAACUUGGCCAUGUUGGAGAAUGUUGCCGGAGAUCAGACCGUCACGUUGAGGCUGUUCAGGCACAUCCUCCACCUGUGGGACGUCGUCUACGGUCGGGACCACCCCGAGUUGCCCUCGAUCCUGAUCCACAUCGCCAUCGUCCUUCAGACUCAGAGCCGUCACGCCGCCUCGAUUGUCCUUCUCGACGAGGUCUACCGCAUUUCAUCGGCCAUGUUCGGAUCCACCCACCUUUUGGCUGGUACCGCUCAGAGCCAGUUGACCCAGGCUCACUUCCUCAACGGCGACAUCAAAAAGGCUGCCGAAUGCGCCAAGCUCGCUAGUGACAUUUUCCGAACUCGUCUUGGACCCGAUGACGCUCAAUCGAAGGACGCAGCCAAAAACUACGAAAUCUUGAGCGGUGCCGUUGAGCAGUCCGAGAAACAACAGGAGGCUGCCAAGAAGCAUUUGGAGCAACUUCGAGCCAUUCAGCAGGCUCGACAGUCCGCUCCUGCCACUGCUACCAAGAGGACCGGUGUGCCCAACACCGCUGCUGCUCAGGCUGCCAUCGCGGCUGCAGCUGCUGCUGCUGGUCAGCAAGCUCCUGGUGCCGAUGGUCAGCUACCGGCGGAUCUCGAUGUCGAUGCUCUCGUGCGAUAUGUCCAAGGUCAAACGUCAGACAACGCAUCGUCGAGCAAGACCAGGGGCAAGAACGCACUCCGAGGCAAGAAGCGGACUGGCGCGAAGCGAUGAACGCUUCCAUGAUUCCCUCGACUUUCUCUUCUCCUUCCUCAUAUAGACUCUAGGCGACGAGAUCGCUCUCGCCGACCUAUGUAGACU